AUGACAACACUGCUGCGCUCCUCUCUCUCGCAUCCCCACCCUUUCCCCUUUCUCUCAUCACGCAUCUCUCGUUCUCUCGUCCCCUCAUUGUGCACCUUUCACCCCACAGGCGGAGAUCUUUGUCUUUGGCGAUCUGAGCCAUCCCAACCUGGUGGUCUUCUUGGGUACUCAUGGAAGACUGCGUUGCUGUGCUCCUCUCUCGCACCCUCCCAUUCCCCUUCCUUCCCGUCCCGCACUGCACGUUCCCAUUCCUCUCCCCGUCCUCCCACCACAGGAACGGAGAUUCUAGUGUUGGGCGAUGUGAACCACCCCAACCACCCUAAACCUAGUGCGCUGCUGGGGUACUGCAUGGAGGGCGACCGGGCGAGUCUGGUGUAUGAGCUGGCGGAGAGGGGAAGCCUGCACCAUUGGCUGCAUCCCAAUGCAACUGGGCGGCAUGGUGCCGGGCGGCAUGGUGCUGGGCGGCAUGGUGCUGUGAUACAUGGUGCCGGGCUGCAAGCUGCUAGGAUGCAUGGUGCUGGGAUGCAUGGUAUGGUGCUGGGAUGCAUGGUGCCGGACGGCAUGCUGCCGGGCGGCAUGGUGCUGGGAUGCAUGGUGCUGGGAUGCAUGCUGCCGGGAUGCAUGCUGCCGGGCGGCAUGCUGCUGGGCGGCAUGCUGUUGGGAUGCAUGGUGCUGGGAUGUGUGGUGCUGGGGAUGCAUGGUGCCAGGAUGCAUGCUGCCGGGCUGCAUGCUGCCGGGCCGGGCGGUAUGCUGCCGGGAUGCAUGAUGCUGGGAUGCAUGAUGCUGGGAUGUAUGGUGCUGGGGAUGCAUGGUGCCAGGAUGCAUGGUGCCGGGCGGCAUGCUGCUGGGAUGCAUGGUGCUGGGAUGCAUGGUGUUGGACGGCCCCGUUGA